AGACAUGGCCGCCACACAAAUACAGGCCACCAACUCUGGGGCCGGGACGUGAUUGCGAGGCCGUUUGCCGGCGACUCCCAUCCCCGACCGACAACCCCACUUCUCCGCGCGCAAAGCCCAGCUGCCGCUGUCCCUCCCUCCCCAAGGCCACGGCUCCCCCCAUCCACUCCACUAUUUUGGAGCCACCGUCAAGAAGCGCCCACUCGGUCUCCCGUUCUCCACCGCUGUUGCGUGCCUGCGACCACCACCGCUUCGCAGAAUAAAAGUCAGCCACCACCGAACCAGCCGAGGAGGCAGCAGCCGAGGGAGAAGUUGUCGGAGCUGGUAUCGGCCAGGUCAGCCACGGCGGCAGCAUGGCGGGGCGGGUGGUGCGGAGCUGCGUGCAGACGGCGCUCAAGGCGGUGAACUCCGUCGUGGGGCUCGCCGGCAUGGCCGUCAUCCUCUACGCGCUCUGGAUGCUCCGGGCGUGGUACAGGGAGGUCGCCGAGCUCGACCAACGCCUCCCGGUCCCCUGGUUUAUCUACACUUUUCUUGGCUUGGGGAUCUUUCUGUGCUUGCUGACUUGCUCUGGCCAUAUUGCUGCUGAAACUGCAAAUGGUCACUGCCUCUCUUGUUACAUGAUCAUCAUAUUUUUGCUCAUUAUACUGGAAGGUGCGAUCACUGUGGAUGUUUUUCUGAAUAGCAACUGGGAAGAGGAUUUCCCCCCUGACCCAUCAGGCAAGUUUGAUGAAUUCAAGGAUUUUGUGAGAUCAAAAUUUCAGAUAUGUGAAUGGGUAGGCCUCUCAUUGGUGGCUGCUCAGGUGUUAUCAAUCAUUCUUGGGAUGGUACUUAGGACCCUUGGGCCUGACCGUGAGAGUGACUAUGACAGUGAUGAUGACACCACUGUGCCUGCAAGGCUGCCUCUCCUAAGAAACCAGUCCCAACAUGCUCCAGACUAUGUUGAACCUAGCUUAUCUCGUAGGAGUGAUUCAUGGAAAUUGCGGAUUUUAGACAAGGCCAACAACUAAGAUUUUACUGAUAUCAUACGUCGAACCCUUCAGGACCUUUGCUACAAGGGUUACGGCCAACCUGAGAAAACGAGGAUUCUUAAGAUCGAGUGGUAGUUUAGUACUGAAUGGCUACUUUUAAUUGCCUUUCAGCAUGCACAAUGUUGUACUGCAAUUUUUCACAAGAAAGGAUGAGGGCAUGACUGUUGCCUUCCCUGACCAGACAAAGAAUAUUGUAGAUUGUUUCCUUGUCAAUUGUCUCUGUUUCAGAUUUCCGAGUUUUGCAUCACCUGCUAGGCUGCUAACGCAAAAGGAUACAAAAUUGAAAUGUGAGAAUGAUAUUU